AUGUCCAUGUAUCGCAUGCUGAUGAACCAUGCCCGAACAAUUAUAUCUCUGCACCACGAGUUUUCGCGUCAGGAGGGCCCGGUGUUGCCCUCCAACCCCUCCGAGAUCCACACCGGGGCCUCAGCAACGCUCCAGCCAAAGCCAGCCAAGCUGUACUACUACUCGCCCGACCGGCCCGUCGAGGCCGCGACGGCUUCUCGGGCGGUCGAUCCAAUGGUCAUGGAGGAGGACGAUAUCUUGUUCACGUACUUUAUCGAGAACAAUAUCAUCGACGAGGGCGUCUGCAUCUUUCUCGAGGAGACUCUGAAGGGCUGCGUGAGGCAAAAGAUUGUGCUCAAGAUCGCGCUGCAUCAGUUCUAUCUCAAAAACGGCACCCGCCUUCUCCGGCACGAAUACAACCUAUUCGUCGUUCUAUUCUACCUUGCCCUCUUCCGACUGGAGGAGCUGACCUUUGCCGAGUUCCGCAAGUUCUGCCACCACGGUUGCGGAUUCAACUAUGCCGCCAAGAUGGCCCAGUUCAUGUCCUUUCUCUUUGACCAAACCAAUCUGGAGCAGGUUCUCCGGCCCGAGUUCGGCAAGAUGCUCGACCACGAAUAUGUCCAGGAGAAACUCAUUGACCCCCUCAUACACAACAUGAACGAUGGCUUGGCGCUGCUCAAGGAACUAUGUGAGAAGGUCGAGCGCGGCAUGGUUCCGCAGAAAUCGACCAAGCAGUUGACAGACUGCUCGUCUGAUCGAACCCACUUGUUCUGGAUCCCGGCGGUGUACCUCGCUGUCCGUCAGGCGUCGCCGAUUGCCGAGGGCGUUUUGGAAGGCAGUCGCGACCGAGAGGAGCUCGAGCGAGCCCGGCGCGAGAAUCGGGCCAGGGCACAGGAACUCCUUGAGGCAGCACAGAACGACAUGUUCUCUGUUCUGAAGCACCAGCCGACUCAGAGAGCGAAGAAGUUUCGAGAGCACAUGAUUGCGGAGCUCAAUCGCGAAACCCCUCCGCUUCGCAUCCGGGCACGCUCCAUCCCACCAUCCCACUACGACGAUAUCGGUGUCAAGCUAACGACUGCGGCUGUGCUGCGCGAGGAUGCACUUGUCCGGAGGCAAAAGAAUGUCGAGGAACGAGCACUCUCGAACGUGGAAGUCAGCCUGAAGGACGGAUCCGAGUUCAAGCAGUGGCAGGAAGAGCUCCGUGCCAAAGGGGGCCGACUAUCGAGGUGUCUUUGGGACUCGCUCAGCUUAUUCAGCAUGGAGAUGCAUGUGCUUACGACGGCGGACAUUUCCAUCUGCUGGCGCAAUCCUUGUGAUGUGAAUCAAUCGUAUUGGGCCGUGAACGCCAACAUGAAUGCAGCGGAAAACGAAAAGCAGCUCGAGAUGGAGCGCAAACGGCUUGAAAUCCAGCUUCUGCACGAAGAUGCAUUUCUCGCCAAGCAAGAGAAGCAAAAGGAGAACAAAGAGAAAGCCCUGGAGGUCAAGGAGGCGAGCGAUAUUCUGAAGGAAGUCGUGUCCAAGAUCAAGGUGGAGACAGACCACUCGAAUCGCAAGAAGAUCUCUGCCGUACACGACAUCAAGGAGAACGUCGUCAAGGCCAAGAAGAAGGUGCUUGAGGACAACACCCAAAAGGCCAUCGAUGUGUCCAUGGAAAACUCGGUCCUGAAGGAGAAGGCUCAGCGGGAAGCUGAGGAGGAGCUGGCAAGAAAGACCGAGCUUAUCCAGCAGAUCCGGAUGAUCGAAAAGAGCAUCUUGCCUGUCGGCAGCUAUAUCAAGGCAGUCGAUAUGACCGAGUCUGGCGGGUACGGCCUACUGACCGAAAUGUCCGUCUUGGAGCUCCAAGAGCGCCUCGUCCGAGCCAAGGCUCGCCAUGCCGAGUGGGAAGAGAAGCGGCGUUCGCAAAUCAUUGAUAGCAAGGAGAAAAAGUACCUGGAUUUACAGAGAAGGCUUGAGGAGAUCAAGCUCGAGCGAGAGGCCAGGCGAUCGACUCGCGAGGGCGCCAAGUCAUCGCUCUCGAUGCAGUCCUCGACAUCGACAUCGACAUCGACAUCGACAUCGACAUCGACAUCGGCGCCGUCCUCGGGGUCGCUGGCGUCGCGGACGAGGUCAACUCGACCGACGUCUGCCACAGGCUCGUACACUGCCACGGCUUCGAAAGGCAGCGCUGGCUCGUCGACAUGGGUGGAUCCAAAACUCCGAUCUCUAUAUGAGAAGCUGGAGGCGAAAAAAGAAGCUCGUCUAUCGCAAAAGCAAAAUACAUCGGCCGCCGCUGCGCAGUUGGAGGAGCAGCGGCGGAUCCGGAGAGCAGCACAGAAACUCAAGGAGAUCGAGAAGCUCAAGAACUGUCCAUGGGCCGAGCUGGACGAGUUUGAGAAGAUCUACCAAUCCGAGGCUGCUUUCGGUAGAUUCGGGGUGGAUACACCGGGGAUGGAUCCGAUAGCCGCCAGAUCCGAGCAUGGCGAGGGGCCGCCGAGCGACGCAAGCGUACCGGCGUAGUCGAAGGACUCGUUUUAUGGCAGAUGUAUCUAACAAUUACAUUAAAUGGCGACGGAUCAGUCGAUAUCAAAAGUCCUGCCUGUGAUUUAGUACCACCGUCUGGUGCCCGGUCAUUGCUGCUUGGCCAGCUCUGCCGAUAGCUGUCGCCCGACUUGCGACGAGAUGGGGCCGUGUAUGCGUCCCUGAUGCACGACUGCGCCACUCGUCUCGGUUCUGCUCC